AUGGCUUGCACUGCCGAGGGUCGCAGCGCUAAGGGAAGGAGCUGCCGCCACACGCCCGCAGCCAACUUGCCCGUUCGCCUCCCCUCGGGUGCGGGGCGCGCGCACCACGAGCCCCCCGCCCGCUCGCUGCCGCGCGGUCCCACCCCCGGGGCCGACGGCAGCCGCGCCAGGCGCGUGCGCGUGCGCGCGCCGGCACGAGGCCCGAUCCCGGGGUCCGCCUGUCAGUCAGGCAGGUGCGGGCGGCUCGUGGCGUCGCGUUCCCGCCCCGCGGGCCGCCCCGGAACGGAGGCGGACGAGGAGCGCGUGCGCGGCGGCGGCGGCGGUCGCGGCGGCGGCGCGGGUUCCAGCCUCGGGUCGGUCCGUCAGCCAGUCAGUCAAGUCAGGUGCCAGCGGCGGGAACGCGGCUCCGAAGGGCCUCUGAGCGGACGUGGCGGCGGCGGGACGGGCUGCCCACCAGUUGAGCGCCGACUGCUGAGGCGGCUGAGGAGGAAGAUUGGAAAAUUAAGGAUGCUCAUACCAAGUGGAAAAAAUCAUUUAUUCCCACUGACCAAGAACUGUAUCAAGAAAGAGAGAGAGGCAUUGCUGUUGGAGGAGUUCUUGUGGAGAGUAAAGACUUUGAUCACUGCCCAGCAGUAAUGAUACCACCUCGCAUCCCAUGAUGUCAGCAGAGUCCAAAUGAAAUAUCCGAGAAAUAAUAGGGAAGAUGGUGAAGGAGUAAGACGUGGAGAUCACCUUCCUCCCCACAAAUGUAUCAGAAAUACAUCUACAUGUGGAACAACUCCUACAGAACACCUACUGAACGCUGGCAGAAGACCUCAGACUUCCCAAAAGGCAAGAAACUCCCCACAUACCUGGGUAGGGCAAAAGAAAAAAGAAAAAACAGAGACAAAAGAAUAGGGACGGGACCCGCACCUCUGGGAGGGACCUGUGAAGGAGGAAAAGUUUUCAUGCACUAGGGAGCCCCUUCACUGGCAGGGACAGGGGGUGGGCAGUGGGGGAAACUUCAAAGCCAUGGAGGAGAGUGCAGCAACAGGGAUGCAGAGGGCAAAGCGGAGAGAUUCCCGCACAGAGAAUCGGUGCCGACCAGCACUCACCAGCCCGAGAGGCUAGUCUGCUCUCCCAAUGGGGUCUGGGAGCUGAGGCUCGGGCUUUGGAAGUCAGACCCCAGGGACAGAACUGGGUUUGGCUGCGUGAAGACAGCCUGAAGGGGGCUAGUGUGCCAGCCAGGAGGGAGUCCGGGAAAAAGUCUGGACCUGCCAGAGAAGCAAAAGACCUUUGUUUCGGGGUGCCUGAGGAGAGGGGUUUCCUUCCCAGUGUGCCCACAGAAGGCAGAGCACUGCCUAAACAAGCUCCAGAGAUGGGCGUGAGCCGCGGCUAUCAGCUCAGACCCCAGAGAUGGGCAUGAACCACUAAGGCUGCUGCCACUGCCACGCAGAAUCCUAUGUGCAAGCACAGGUCACUAUCCACACCCACCUGGGAGCCUGUGCAUGACACCACUGCCAGGGUCCCGUGAUCCAGGGACAGCUUCCCCGGGGAGAACACAUGGCAAACCUCAGGCUGUUGCAAUGUCACGCCAGCCUCUGCCGCCUCAGGCUCACUCCUCAUUCCAAUUAUGACUACUGUACCCCUCCCUCCCCCCAGCCUGAGUGAGCAGGAGAGCCCUAAUCAGCUACUGUUUUAAGCCCCUCCUAUCUGGGUGGGUAAAAGACGCCUGAGGGUGGCCUACACACAGAGGCGGGGCCAAAACCAAAGCUGAACCCCAGGAGCUGUGCAAACAAAGAAGAGAAAGGGAAAUUUCUCCCUGCAACCUGAGAAGCAGCAGAUUAAGUCCCCACAAUCGACUUGAUAAACUCUGCAUCUGAAGAUACCUGAAUAGACAAUGAAUGUUCCCAAAAUUGAAGCGGUGGACUUUGGGAACAACUGUAGACUUGGGGUUUGCUUUCUGUGUCUAAUUUGUUUCUGGUUUUAUGUUUAUCUUAGUUUAGUAUUUAGUGCUUAUUAUCAUUGGUGGAUUUGUUUAUUGGUUUGGGUGCUCUCUUCCUUUUUAAAAAAAAUAUAUAUUUUCUUUUGUCUCCUUUUUCUAUUUUUGUGAGUGGGUAUGUGUAUGCUUCUUGGUGUGAUUUUGUCUGUAUAGGUUUGCUUUUACCAUUUGUCCUAGGGUUCUGUCUGUUUUUUUUUUUCUUUAUUCCUUUUCUUCUCAGCCGUGUGGCUGGCAGUGUCUUGGUACUCCGGCCAGGUGUUGGGCCUGAGCCUCCAAGGUGGGAGGGCCGAGUCCAGGACAUUGGACCACCGGAAACCUCCCGACCGCACGUAACACCAAUCGGCCAGUGCUCUCCCAGAGAUCUUCGUACCAACACUAAGACCCAGCUCCACGCAACAGCCAGCAAGCUCCAGUGCUGGACACCCCAUGCCAAACAACUAGCAAGACACGAACACAGCCCCAUCCAUUAGCAGAGAGGCUGCCUAAAGUCAUACUAAGUUCACAGACACUCCAAAACACACCAACGGACGCAGCACUGCCCACCAGAAGGACAAGAUACAGGCCUACCCACCAGAACGCAGGCACCAGUCCCCUCCACCAGGAAGCCUACACAAGCCACUGAACAAACGUCACCCACUGGGGGAAGACACCAAAAAUAACGGGAACUACGAACCUGCAGCCUGUGAAAAGAAGACCCCAAACAUAGUAAGUUAAACAGAAUGAGAAGACAGAGAAAUAUGCAGCAAAUGAAAGAGCAAGGUAAAAACCCACCGGACCAAGCAAAUGAAGAGGAAAUAGGCAGUCUACCUGAAAAAGAAUUUAGAGUAAUGAUAGUAAAGAUGAUCCAAAAUCUUGGAAAUAGAAUGGAAAAAAUAAAAUUAACGUUUAACAAGGACUUCGAAGAACUAAAGAGCAAACAAUGAUGAACAACACAAUAAAUGAAAUUAAAAGUACUCUAGAAGGAAUCAAUAGCAGAAUAACUGAGGCAGAAGAACAGAUAAGUGACCUGAAAGAUAAAAUAGUGGAAAUAACAGCCACAGAGCAGAAUAAAGAAAAAAGAGUGAAAAGAGUUGACGACAGUCUCAGAGACCUCUGGGACAACAUUAAAUGCACUAACAUUUGAAUUCUAGGGGUCCCAGAAGAAGAAGAGAAAAAGAAAUGGCUUGAGAAAAUAGUUGAAGAGAUUACAGUUGAAAACUUCCUUAACAUGGGAAAGGAAAUAGUCAGUCAAGUCCAGGAAGCACAGAGGUCCCACACAGGAUAAAUCCAAGGAGAAACAUACCAAGACACAUAUUAAUCCAACUAUCAAAAAUUAAAUACAAAGAAAAAAUAUUAAAAGCAGCAAGGGAAAACCAACAAAUAACAUACAAGAGAAAUCCCAUAAGGUUAACAGCUGAUCUUUCAGCAGAAACUUUGCAAGCCAGAAGGGAGUGGCAGGACAUAUUUAAAGUGAUGAAAGGAAUAAACAUAAAACCUAGGUUACUCUA